AUGACUUCAAUCAAGAUAAAUGAUACUUCCACAAACAAUAAAAUCACAUAUUACCAUAUAGAUAUAAAACUUCCACUCCGUUCACACACAGUUUAUAAACGAUAUAAUGAAUUUGUGAAUUUAAUCGCCGAUUUGACUCAAGAUUUAGGUAUUGACCAUAACGAUUUCCCUUAUCAUUUACCACCCAAGACAUCUUUUUUCAAUAAAAAUUCCGAAUCCAUCAUAUCACAAAGAAAACAAGGGUUAAGUAAGUUUUUGAAUGAACUCGUCAAUGAUUCUGAACUCAUGAAUAAUCCUAUAUUCCAUGAUUUCUUACAAUUACCCCCUAACUUCAAAUUCUCCAAGAGUACCAAUAAUUUAAAUGACUUGAAUAUCACCAAUGAUUUGGAUCCAAACCAAUGGCUAGAUUAUAUACGACUUUUCAAAACUAAAUUGUCGUCGGUAGAUAAAACCAAAUUGAACUAUAAGAAAGAUUUGAACACCUAUUUUAAACCUAAUCUUCAUAAAUUGAUCAAGUCAUUGGAUGAUCUUAAAUCACAACUUGACGACAAGGAAUUAGAUAGAAGGAAAGUCUUGGUUUCAGACUUAUCAUCACAAAUUCUCAAUUUGGAACAAGAUACUAAAAUGCCAGGAUCAUUUAUUAAUACCACAUCAAAAAGAGUUAUUGGUAAAAUUGAAGAGACCAAGGAUACCUUACCACUUUCUAAUCAAGAACUUCUCCAAUAUCAACAACAAAUUCACAAGAAUCAAGAUCAAGAAAUAGGUGAAUUAAGGAAAAUUAUAGAACGUCAGAAACAAAUAGGAAUGGUUAUCAAUCAAGAAGUUGAAGAACAAAAUGAAAUGUUGGAUGAACUCAAUGAUCAGGUAGAUAUCACAACCAACAAAUUAAGAGGAGCUAGAAGGAAAGCAAAGAAAAUCUUGUAA